AUGGAUGACAUUGACGAGCUGUCUGAGGAUGUUCACCAGUUAUGCAUUACACUACUCCGAGAGAUUAAGCGGCAAAAGGACCGUGAUGUAUUGUAUGAGCGAGAUCGUCGCUACCGUCCCCGUAUUGAUGCCUUGAUCGCGGACCGAGAAGUGAAAUUCUUAGGUGAUGUAGUAUCUACCGAGGGAGUAGCGGUUAACCCCAGCAAGGUUGAUGCCGUGUUGAAAUGGGAAUCACCAAAAUCUAUAAUGGAGAAAGGUAAGGUGGUUGCCUAUGCAUCUAGGCAAUUAAGGCCGCAUGGUGAGAAUUAUCCUACACAUGAUUUGGAAUUAGCUGCGGUCAUUUUUGCAUUGAAGAUCUGGAGGCACUACUUAUAUGGAUCACAGUCUAAAGUCUUCAGUGAUCAUAAGAGCCUAAAGCAUUUAGUAGAUCAGAAAGAACUAAAUAAUAGACAACACCGAUGGAUAGAAUUCAUCAAGGACUAUGACUUUGAGUUUAAGUAUCAUCCGAGUAAAGCCAACAUGGUCACAGACACUUUGAGUAGGAAAAUAGUGUAUGUCUUUCACACGAGUUUAGAAGAACACUAUUUCUUAGAGGGAUUAAGAGAUCUCCAAGUGGUGCAUGAGGCUCCAGCCAUUCUACAAUUAAUUUUGGGUGAUUAUGAGUUUUUUCGAGACUUAAAGGCAGCACAGAUGGAGGAUGAUUGGUUGCUGAGCAUCCGAGAGGAAGUGAAGACCAGUGAUGUGCCUAAUUAUGAAAUUAGUGAAGAAGGAAUCUUAAGGUACAAGAAAAGGAUUUGUGUCCCUAAUAAUGAGGAAAUCAAAAAGACUAUUCUUAAAGAGGCGUAUCAGAGUAAUUAUAUGAUACACCUAGGGAUAACCAAAAUGUACCAGGACUUGAAAAAGAACAACUAG